GCAAUGCCUUUAUCAGGGAAAGACAAGAGAAAUUUAACAUUGACUUAUAUCACGGGUUUCCUUGAUAUUAUCAACUAUUCUUUAAUCAUUCCUAUUUUGCCAUAUAUUGUGGAUGAAAUGAACGCCUCGGAUAUGGAAUCAGGAAUACUGUAUUCCAGUUAUUCUUUGAUGCAGUUGGUUAGUCUUUUAAUUGUGGGUGCUCUUAGUGAUAUUUAUGGAAGAAAGCUAUUUUUGAUUCUUUCGCUUUUUGGUUCGUGUUUUGGUUCACUUUUUCAAGCUCUUUCCAAAAACAUCGUCCAACUCAUCAUUUUCCGAUCGUUGACAGGUCUGUUUGCUGGAUCUAACAUUUUGGUUCAAGCUGUCAUUGCUGAUCUUACCGCUCCAGAAGAGCGAAAUCGCUAUUAUUCUUGCCUGGAAGCUUUGAAUUCUGCUGGUUUCAUUUUGGGUCCUGCUUUGGGAGCUGUUUUAGGGAAGAAGGGGACUCAUUUCCCUCUGUUCAUUGCUGGUAUUUUUUCGGGAAUCGCGCUGAUCUUCGCACUCUUUUUGUUGCAAGAAACAAGCAAAGAUGUGAUUUUGCUCAACGAAAUGCGAGCUAAAGCGCGCAAAGCCUCGGGAAAGGAAAAGGAAGUAUUGAAGCAAUCGAUCCAGCAACGCCAAGCCGAUAUCAAGCAGAGUCGAAAGACCGUGGCUCCCAAACUAACGAAAACAAUGGUGGUUUGCUUUGCUUUUGAGUUCUGCAAUCGCUGGCUGGUCAAUGCGAUCGAUUCCAAAUACGGAAUUUUCCUCAAAGCCAAGUACGAUGUGGAGCAAGACACUUAUUCGUACGCUUCGAGUUUUUUUGUUCUGACAUAG